AAAAUAUGUAUAUAAAAAGAUGUUCUUGUUUCAAUUCGUUAGUUACAAAGCACUGAAGUGAAAACAUGGGAAAAAUUGUGCUCUUAUUAGGACUUGCACUUAUUGGUGCAAGUGCCUUGCCCGCUGAAACCACAGAAAAUGGAGUUACCACAUAUGCUGAGGCAUCAAAUGAUCAGUUUCCCUUCAUGGUUUCCGUGCAGCAGCUUGGGGGAGCACCGAAUAGUGCGACCGCGUGUGGAGGAGUUUUGAUCUCCUUGGAACAUGUAUUGACAACAGCCAGCUGUUUAAAUGAACUACGGGAGGAAGGACCUCUAGAUCCCAUCGCAGCUGGCAAUAUAAGAGUUUUUGCUGGUGACAGGAAUAUUAAUAAUAUCCUUGACGCAAACCGUAUUCGAGUUGCUGAAUCAUUCACAGUGCACCCACAAUACCAGGGUAGCCCAGCCUACCUCAACGAUAUUGCUAUCAUAAAGUUGACGACGCCUUUCGUUCAGACCGCUGUUUUGAAAGCCUUGGGCCUGCCCCCACACUCGGAGAGCGCUCAAGAAUCAGCGACCACCUGCACUCUUUCAGGCUGGGUUCCUGCAGCAGUCAAUACAAAUCUGCAACCGAUCCUUAAGUUUGCGACGAAGACACUGUUAGCUCAGUCCGAAUGUUUAAUCGUACCGACAACACCCGCACCCUCCACUACUCCUGAAGAUACGCCACCAGAAGGCUCUCAACCAGAGGAAACUCCCCCAGGAGAAACUCCCCCAGAAGGUUCAGAGCCAGGAGAUGAACAACCAGUACAGACGCCACAAUUGUUUGACGAGGCUGCUACUACAACACCAACUACGAUAUGCACUGAACCUUCAGUAGACUCAACCUCUGGAUGCGCUGUUCUUGACGGCAACCCCUUGGUCUGCGACAACCAACUUGUUGGUAUUCUGUUCCAUAGCAACAAAUGUACGGCCAAUAGGAACAAUGAAGUCUUCACUCGCGUCGCCCACUAUUCACCGUGGAUCGCAGAAGUUACUGGCAUUGAAGUACCUUCUUCUUCUUCUACCUUCAAGCCCGCCUUUGCGUUUGUAUCUAUCAUCGCUUUGAUUCAAAUUGUAACCUCAAAAUUCUUUAUCUAAAAACAUAUUUAAUCAGUCAAUUUACAUCGAUUACAUAAAUAUGAAUGAAUUAUAAAUAUCGGUUUCAUCUUAAUCCAAGUGUUGUUUCUUAUUCCUUGAUCAACCAAUAGAGGCAUUUGUUUUGACAAAAGA